AAGAGUAAGCAUGGAGUAGACUGUAAUGCGUCUCAAGCUUUACUGUGGUAGGCAACACGUCGGGGGUUCGCGAGCGAGGUCCUAUGUUCGACCCUCGGGCAGAGUAAAGUCUGCAGCGCCUAGACUUCUUGUACAGGGCUGUGAAUGCAGAGACGACGAAGGUAUUGUAGCAGUGUCCUACGUACAUCAGACUUGCCACAACAUUCAACGAGGCGAAUCAGAUUUUGACGAAGUCAGCUAUAAAUCAUUCCCAUGCAACGUGAUCUUGAUAUGGAAUAUAGAGAAGGAUUUAAGGCCUCAGCUGAUACUGUCUUGUCCUGCCGACGUUUAUGCGGUUCAGUUCUGUCCAUUUAACGACGACUUGAUAGCUGCUGGAUGUAUCAAUGGGCAAGUGGCAUUGUGGGACAUAAAAAAGCACACUGAUAAUGAACCAAUCGCUCAUGAUGUUGAGAAAUCUUUCUGUGCAUCGCAUAUGUUUAUCAACUGGAAAAAUGUCGUAAAAAGAAUUACAGUUUUAAAGCCAGUAAAAUAUUCUCUUCCUGAAACAUCGCAUCCAUCAUGCAUACAAAAUAUCCAGUGGGUUAUUUCUACGUUGAAAAUAAAUGACGAUGGGAAAUUCCGGAGGAAAGAAAAUGAGGAAACAUGUUUGCAGUUCAUCUCGUGUUCCGAAGAUGGUCUAGUAUGUGUGUGGACUUUGACUGAAGAUAUUUGUGUUGCUCGCGUAAAUGAUUAUAAUUCAAGUAGUCCUGCGGAGAGAGAAAGAUCAAUUUACCAAACCAGUAAAUUGUUGUCUGAAAGGAAUAUAUCUCCAACAUACAAGGGCUACCAGAUCAGCCGGCUGAGCUGUGGCUGGGAAAAUUUGAUGGCACCAUACAAAUAUCAUCCUGGAAAGAACUGUCUCAUGUAUUCUCCAAGCAGGUGCAUGACGGGCCGGUCACGUGCAUUGCGUCAUCUCCUUGGAUGAAUGGUGUAAUGCUUAGUGUUGGCGGACACAUUUUUGCAUUAUGGAUCAAUACUUUUAAGGAAGGACCAGUGCUGCUCAAAAAUAAUUCGCGCAGAAUAACUCAUUGCUCUUGGUCACCAACUGAACCUGAGGUUUUCCAGGUAUCUUAUAUUGAUGGCACGAUUGAAGUGUGGAACUUGCUGUCAAGUUGUGAAGUACCUCUGUUUUGCCAAGAUUUAUCAGGAAAUUUAAUAACUGGUGUAUAUCCUACUAGAUUGACAGACACUCAAAACAUUUUGGGUGUCGCCUGUUCCAAUGGUGGUUUUCGUACUUUUUGUUUUCCAAGUGGGAACUUAUGUCAGGAAAUCAAGGUAAAGGCUCUUUUAGAAUUCCUCCAAAAACAAGCAAUAUGCCUCAGUGGAUUCGGCAGAGCAUAUGGCGAACUUACAGAGCGCGACAGAGCCUCAUCAAGUGUUACAUCUAAAUCUAAGGUGACGGAUCUGCCAGUGAAAGAAGAAGAGCGUGAUAGAUUAAGAUCCAGUAUCAUUCAACAAAUCAAACCAAAACAGACAAUUGUCAAACGAAUCAAGAAACCUAAAGUGUUUGUGGCAAAAGACUACAGAAAUAGACAAUUAUGGAUUGAAAGACAAGAAAAAUAUAUGGCGAGCCAACUUCUGGACAAGAAAAAGCUUAACCAAAGACAAAUCCUGUCAGAUCAGGAACUUUUCUUUCAACAUGUCAGACAAAGACAACUAAAAUUUAAACGGUUGGAUGAAUUAACAAGAGAUAAGUGUAAGAUACUGCAAGAAGAAGAAUGCAAAAUUUUUCCAUCAUGUUCACGUGGGACUUUUACAUCAAACUCAAUCGAAGAUCGAGAGCAGAUAAAUUAUCUCUCAAUUAGUGUAUCAGAAAACAUUGAAGAUUACACUGGAAAAAUGAGAAGAAUGCCGGUGCUUCUCAGUGGCGAACAUAAGUUUGAGUGGAGUGGCAAAUGCCCAGAGGAAGUGUAGUACGUUCUUCUAUUGACAAGGAGUUUAUAGACAUCAAAUAAAUCACAAUUAUUCACAUAUGAGUUAUUAUUGUAAAUUGAUUUGUAAAGUAAAAUUACUUAAAAAAUACAUGAUUGUGGAAACCAAAA